AUGCCACCACCUGCACCGCUCCAGCAGAUCCAGGGUCCGACUAGCUACGGCCAGACGGGUCGAGGUGGUGCUUACCACUAUCAGGGUGAUGCUGUCCCUUAUGCUCCGGGGCAGUAUCAGUACCCCCAGGAUCCCUAUUCCCAGGGUGGCUAUCCUCAGUUUUCUGGCGGCUAUAUGCCGUAUCCUCCAGCUCCAGUAGGUGGCUCUCAGUGGUAUCAGGGAGGACAGUAUCAGCAGGGUGAGAUUGCUACCAGCAGUGUAGGGUCUUCGAGACAGUCGGGUCAGCCCAGUCAGGGGUGCGGUGCUCAGGGAUGCAGUGUUUGGGCGAGCGGAGGCCGCAGUGGACGUCAGCAGGGCCAGGGGCGUCUUCACAAUAUUUCUCUGCAGGAUGCCCAGAACAACCCAGACUUGAUUAUGGAGUGGGGUGAGACACGGCGUUAUCUCGGCGUUGCGAGCGAAAAAGUUGUUGUCUAA